AGAAAGUGCAAGUUCCCCAUUCUGGCUUUACCGGUGUUCCCUUUUCUUCUCCUCCUGGCUCCCCCACAAAAGCCAUCGAGCAGAGCAAAUGGCCCGGGUUCUCCCCCCAAUGCCUGACCUGCGUUUACUGGGGGGAGAGGGGAGAGGGAGCGCGCCUUCCGAGCAGGCUGCUCUGACUCCGACCACAGGCUGUUUCGUGCAGGCUGUCCCUCUCCUUCAAAACCGUGCAUCCCCUCCCUGAAGCAGCAGGCAGUGUGCCUCCUUUCAGCCACAUUUGGUAUGCAUGAGCACGGCUGCAGACUGAGGGGAGGUGGCUCUCUCAAGAAGCUUCAGUGGCUCAGGCAGUGCCACUUGACUAGUCUCCCAAGUUCCAGAAAGCCUCUGCCGUGAUGGAAUUUGCAGGUGUGGAGAUGACCAUGGGAUGCCAGGGCCGUGGGGGACCCUGUAUUUUCUAGGCAUUGCUCAGGCUGGCAGUUUCUGGUUUCCCCGGUGGAAUUCUGAAGGGGUCAUGAAUCAAACUGAUGCUCCUCGACCCCUAAACUGGACCAUCCGGAAGCUGUGCCAUGCAGCCUUUCUCCCAUCUGUCAGACUCCUUAAGGCUCAGAAAUCAUGGAUUGAAAGAGCAUUUUAUAAAAGAGAAUGUGUUCACAUCAUACCCAGCACCAAAGACCCCCAUAGGUGUUGCUGUGGGCGUCUCAUAGGCCAGCAUGUUGGCCUCACUCCCAGUAUAUCCAUUCUUCAGAAUGAGAAAAAUGAAAGUCGCCUCUCACGAAAUGACAUCCAGUCUGAGAAGUGGUCCAUCAGCAAGCACACUCAACUCAGUCCGACGGAUGCAUUUGGGACCAUUGAGUUCCAAGGAGGUGGCCAUUCCAACAAAGCCAUGUACGUGCGAGUAUCUUUUGAUACAAAACCUGAUCUCCUCCUACACCUGAUGACCAAGGAAUGGCAGUUGGAGCUUCCCAAACUUCUGAUCUCUGUCCAUGGGGGCCUGCAGAACUUUGAACUCCAGCCAAAACUCAAGCAAGUCUUUGGGAAAGGACUUAUCAAAGCAGCCAUGACAACCGGAGCAUGGAUAUUCACUGGAGGGGUUAACACAGGUGUUAUUCGUCACGUUGGAGAUGCCUUGAAGGAUCAUGCCUCCAAGUCUCGAGGGAAGAUAUGCACCAUAGGGAUCGCCCCCUGGGGAAUUGUGGAAAACCAGGAGGACCUGAUUGGAAGAGAUGUCGUCCGGCCAUAUCAGACCAUGUCCAAUCCCAUGAGCAAGCUCACUGUUCUCAACAGCAUGCAUUCCCACUUCAUUCUGGCUGACAAUGGAACCACUGGAAAAUAUGGAGCAGAGGUGAAGCUUAGGAGACAACUGGAAAAGCAUAUUUCACUCCAGAAGAUAAACACAAGAAUUGGUCAAGGCGUUCCAGUGGUGGCGCUCAUUGUGGAAGGAGGACCCAAUGUGAUCUCAAUUGUCUUGGAGUACCUUAGAGACACCCCUCCGGUGCCAGUUGUCGUCUGUGAUGGGAGUGGACGGGCUUCCGACAUCCUGGCAUUUGGGCAUAAAUAUUCAGAAGAAGGCGGACUUAUCAAUGAAUCCUUGAGGGACCAGCUGUUGGUGACCAUCCAGAAGACUUUCACAUACACUCGAACCCAAGCUCAGCAUCUGUUCAUCAUCCUCAUGGAAUGCAUGAAGAAGAAGGAACUGAUUACAGUAUUUCGGAUGGGCUCAGAAGGACACCAGGACAUUGAUUUAGCGAUCCUGACAGCUUUACUCAAAGGAGCCAAUGCCUCGGCCCCAGACCAACUGAGCUUGGCUUUAGCCUGGAACAGAGUCGACAUCGCUCGCAGCCAGAUCUUUAUUUAUGGGCAACAGUGGCCGGUGGGGUCUCUGGAGCAAGCCAUGUUGGAUGCCCUAGUUUUGGACAGAGUGGAUUUUGUGAAAUUACUCAUAGAGAAUGGAGUAAGCAUGCACCGUUUUCUCACCAUCUCCAGACUAGAGGAAUUGUACAAUACGAGACACGGGCCCUCAAACACAUUGUACCACUUGGUCAGGGAUGUCAAAAAGCGAGAAUAUCCAGGUUUCGGUUGGAUCUAUUUUAAGGGGAACCUGCCCCCAGACUACAGAAUCAGCCUGAUUGACAUCGGCCUGGUGAUCGAGUACCUGAUGGGCGGUGCUUAUCGUUGCAACUACACGCGCAAGCGCUUCCGGACACUCUACCACAAUCUCUUUGGCCCCAAGAGGCCCAAAGCCUUGAAACUACUGGGAAUGGAGGACGAUGUUCCCUUAAGGCGAGGAAGAAAGACAACCAAGAAGCGUGAAGAAGAGGUGGACAUUGACUUGGAUGACCCUGAGAUCAAUCACUUUCCUUUCCCUUUCCACGAGCUGAUGGUGUGGGCCGUCCUGAUGAAGCGGCAGAAGAUGGCCCUGUUCUUCUGGCAGCACGGCGAGGAGGCCAUGGCCAAGGCCCUGGUGGCCUGUAAGCUCUGCAAAGCCAUGGCUCAUGAGGCCUCCGAGAAUGACAUGGUGGAUGACAUCUCCCAGGAGCUGAACCACAACUCCAGGUUGGCCAGCCCAGCAAAUGGGGUGAUCAAGGAAAGGGAAGGGAAGGUAAUUCUGGGAAUUCUACUUCCUCCUUCAAUUCUCAGCUUGGAGUUCAAGAACAAAGACGACAUGCCCUACAUGACACAGGCCCAGGAAAUACAUCUCCAAGAGAAGGAGCCAGAAGAAGUAGAGAAGCCCACAAAAGAAAAAGAUGAAGAGGAUAUGGAACUGACAGCGAUGUUGGGACGAAACAAUGGGGAGUCCUCCAGGAAGAAGGAUGAAGAGGAAGUUCAGAGCAGGCACCGGUUAAUCCCGCUCGGCAGAAAAAUCUAUGAGUUCUACAAUGCACCCAUCGUGAAGUUCUGGUUCUACACUCUGGCGUACAUCGGAUACCUGAUGCUCUUCAACUAUAUCGUGUUAGUGAAGAUGGAACGCUGGCCUUCCACCCAGGAAUGGAUCGUCAUUUCCUAUAUUUUCACACUGGGAAUAGAAAAGAUGAGAGAGAUUCUGAUGUCAGAGCCAGGGAAGUUGCUACAGAAAGUGAAGGUGUGGCUGCAGGAGUACUGGAAUGUCACAGACCUCAUAGCCAUCCUUCUGUUCUCUGUUGGAAUGAUCCUUCGCCUCCAAGACCAGCCCUUCAGGAGUGAUGGAAGGGUCAUCUAUUGUGUGAACAUCAUUUAUUGGUACAUCCGUCUAUUAGACAUCUUCGGCGUGAACAAGUACUUGGGUCCAUAUGUAAUGAUGAUUGGAAAAAUGAUGAUAGACAUGAUGUACUUUGUCAUCAUUAUGCUGGUGGUGCUGAUGAGUUUUGGGGUCGCCAGGCAAGCCAUUCUAUUUCCCAAUGAGGAGCCAUCAUGGAAAUUGGCCAAGAACAUCUUCUACAUGCCCUAUUGGAUGAUUUAUGGGGAAGUGUUUGCGGACCAGAUAGACCCUCCCUGUGGGCAGAAUGAGACGCGAGAGGAUGGUAAAAUCAUCCAGCUGCCUCCCUGCAAGACAGGAGCCUGGAUUGUGCCCGCCAUCAUGGCCUGCUACCUUUUAGUAGCAAACAUCCUGCUAGUCAACCUCCUCAUCGCCGUCUUUAACAAUACGUUUUUUGAGGUAAAGUCAAUAUCCAACCAAGUGUGGAAGUUUCAGAGGUAUCAGCUCAUCAUGACUUUCCAUGAAAGGCCGGUUCUUCCCCCACCCCUGAUCAUCUUCAGCCACAUGACCAUGAUAUUCCAGCAUCUGUGUUGCCGGUGGAGGAAACAUGAGAGUGACCCAGAUGAAAGGGACUAUGGCCUGAAACUGUUCAUAACUGAUGACGAGCUCAAGAAAGUGCAUGACUUUGAAGAGCAGUGCAUAGAGGAGUAUUUCAGAGAAAAGGAUGAUCGGUUCAACUCGUCCAAUGACGAGAGGAUACGGGUGACUUCCGAGAGGGUAGAGAACAUGUCCAUGAGGCUAGAGGAAGUCAAUGAGAGAGAGCACUGCAUGAAGGCAUCACUCCAGACUGUGGACAUCCGGCUGGCACAGCUUGAGGACCUCAUCGGGCGCAUGGCCACUGCCCUGGAGCGUCUGACAGGUCUGGAGCGGGCCGAGUCCAACAAAAUCCGCUCACGGACUUCCUCGGACUGCACAGAUGCAGCCUACAUUGUCCGCCAGAGCAGCUUCAACAGCCAAGAGGGGAACACCUUCAAGCUCCAAGAGAGUAUAGACCCUGCAGGUGAGGAGACCAUGUCCCCAACUUCUCCAACCCUAAUGCCCCGUAUGCGAAGUCAUUCUUUCUAUUCAGUCAAUGUGAAAGACAAAGGUGGUAUAGAAAAGUUGGAAAGUCUUUUUAAAGAAAGGUCCCUGAGCCUACACCGGGCUACUAGUUCCCACUCUAUAGCAAAGGAACCCAAAGCUCCUGCAGCCCCUGCAAACACCUUGGCCAUUGUUCCUGAUUCCAGAAGACCAUCAUCAUGUAUAGACAUCUAUGUCUCUGCCAUGGAUGAGCUCCACUGUGAUAUAGACCCUCUGGACAAUUCCAUGAACAUCCUUGGGCUAGGCGAGCCAAGCUUUACAGCUCCGGUACCUUCCACAGCUCCUUCAAGUAGUGCCUAUGCAACUCUCGCACCCAUAGACAGGCCUCCAAGCCGGAGCAUUGAUUUCGAGGACAUCACCUCCAUGGACACUAGAUCUUUUUCUUCAGACUAUACCCACCUCCCAGAGUGCCAAAACCCCUGGGACACUGACCCUCCAAUGUACCACACCAUCGAGCGUUCCAAAAGUAGCCGCUACCUACCCACCACGCCCUUUCUCCUAGAAGAGGCCCCCAUCGUGAAAUCUCAUAGCUUUAUGUUUUCUCCUUCGAGGAGCUAUUACGCCAACUUUGGGGUACCCGUAAAAACAGCAGAGUACACAAGUAUUACAGACUGUAUUGACACAAGGUGUGUCAAUGCCCCUCAAGUGAUUGCUGACAGAGCCACCUUCCCUGGAGGCCUUGGAGGCAAAGUGGAAGAUUCAUCUUGCUGCCAUCCCGAGCGAGAAGCAGAACUGAGUCACCCCAGCUCUGACACUGAGGAGAAUGAGGCCAAAGGCCGGAGAGCCACCAUCGCAAUACCCUCCCAGGAGGGCGAGAACGCAGACAAAACCCUGUCCAACAACAUCACGGUUCCCAAGAUAGAGCGCGCCAACAGCUACUCUGCAGAGGAGCCAAGUGCGCCAUAUGCACACACCAGGAAAAGCUUCUCCAUCAGUGACAAACUCGACAGGCAGCGGACCACAGCCAGCCUGCGAAAUCCCUUCCAGAGGAGUAAGUCCUCCAAGCCAGAGGGCCGAGGGGACAGCUUGUCCAUGAGGAGACUGUCCAGAACAUCCGCUUUCCACAGCUUUGAAAGCAAGCACAACUAAACCUUAAUAAGCAUUGCAGGAAGCUCAAGAAUCCAGCCCUAAAAGUCUCCCCGAACUCCACCUAGUCCCCUUCCUUGAAACAUACCUGCUUUAUUUCUGAGCUGAGCAAAACAAGCAAUGCCUCGGGAGGUGUUAACUCAAAGAUGACUUCUGGGCCACAGAUCUAGAAAGCAUUUGAUCGGGCCCAGUGCCAAACACAAGGGGUGUCAGUCAUACUCACACUCAAUGGGGAGGAAGGGGAAAGAGAGGGAGAAGGGUUGAGAUGAAUGUGUAUCACUAGUCACUUCAGAAAGCCAUGAGCCCUGCGAACGAAGGGGCUUCACGCAUUCUCCAUGCCGGGAGGCAUCUUUCCAUUUCUGACCAUUAUCAAGAGGUUUAGGAUGUAGGGCUAAAUUGCAAAAUAAAAAUAAAAUAAAGUAGCCAGCAUACAAAUGAGAUAUUCUAAACUUCAAUUCUGUUUUCUUUUCACAUUGGCUCCAUUACUGGUGACUGAUGAAGAGCAUCCUUUUUAUUCAGUAUAAGCCGGCAGCAAGCAGUUCUACCUAACGUCCCACAUCCUUCUCAUGCCAACACCUCUGUAAUUGAUCAUUUUAAAGAAAAAAACAAGGUAACAGUCAUAGUUCACCUGUCUCUUAUAUAUUCACUUCUGGUGCCACAACUGUUUAUCUUUUCUGAAGAAAAUAAGGGAAAAGAAAUGCCUUUUUUUUUUUGUAUUGCAAGCAAAAUGAAAGAAGAACUGAUGUUACAAACAAAUGUCAAGUGGUCUGUUAUAUACAGUGGGCAUUCAAGGGUAGUCGUGCAAGCUCAGGAUGAAUGUAACUAAAUAAUUUUAUAUUUUUUAAUUUAUUUUGUAUCUCACCUGUCAUCAAUGAAUUCGCUCACUGAAUAUAUAAUAGUGAACUAACAAAAAAAUGUAGUGGGCAGAACUCACCUAAAAUUGCCAUGUGGGAUGUUGUUAUAUUCUCACCGUUCAUGUCAUGUGUUAUGCUGCUGUGUGGCCUUCAUCAUUUGCAUGGCUCCACCAUGUCUUCUGAACAUUUCCAAGAUGUAACUGCCAAUUUUACACACGACUCAUCACGUGACCAUUUUGUAUACGAAUAUCUGGUUAUUACAUGUGGAUAUUUUCAUACCUAGAGUUUUGCCAUUUAAUCUGAGCUCAGCAUAAAUUUAAUUGGCGUUUUUCAAGGGCUGGUAUCUUUUUUAUGGAAAUGUUCCAAAGUACUUUUUAAGGAAGUUUCAAAACCAUAAAUAACCUUAUAAUUGACUGAGAGUUUGGUAUCGACCCAAAGCCAUUAGUUGCAGGCAUACCAUGAAUAUUUUUCUUAUGUACAGAGCUACAAAAAAAAAAAUACAAAAAGCUAAAAUAGAAAAGAAAUAAACCAUGUAAAGAAUUCUAUAGUAUAUGCUGCUUAUAUACAUAU